AUGGAAUCUUUCAAGAAAUUUAGCCUGUUUACCCUCCCUAAAUAUUGAAGAACCUCUCUUCAGCCAGUUAAAGAGUUUCAUGAGUUAAUUGGACGCCCUGGGUUGAAGUACAAGACUAUCCAUGUCACUGGUACUAACGGAAAAGGAACUGUUUGUAACAAGAUAGCAAAGAUUUUGAGUCAAGCAGGAUUUCGGACAGGCCUAUUCACAUCUCCCCAUCUUGUCAAGUUUAAUGAGAGAAUUUGAAUCUCAGGAGAGCAAAUUUCGGACGAAGACCUGUUUGAGAUAGAGCAUGACUUAAUGGAAAAAUAUCAUGCACUCCCGGAACCACAAUUAGUUGUGUUUGAUAUGAUCACAAUGAUAGCUUUAAAAUAUUUUGAAAUUCAGAAAGUGGAUUUUGCUGUUCUUGAAGUCGGAAUUGGAGGAGAUCUUGAUUCAACCAACAUAGUUAAACCAGAAUGAUCAGUCAUUACUUCAAUUGGCCUUGACCAUAGGGAUAUACUCGGCAAUACAAAAGAGGAGAUCUCCCAAGCAAAAUGAGGAAUAUUUAAGGAAAAUACUCCAAUAGUGAUUGGGUCUGACUGACCUCAAGAGCAUAUGGUUAAUUUCUUGAAAGAGAAUCUUGAAGCAGAUGAUAGCCUUAUUCAUCUCAUUGACUCAAAACCAAACAGCAUAGAAGAGGAAAAUCAAGAAAUCGCAAGAAGAGUUGUAAAUAUUUUGAAAGAUAGAGAUUUUCAAAUAUCUGAUUCUGCAAUAAAACAGGGCUUGCUUGAGAAAGUUCCUGGCAGAUUUCAGCAAUUCUCUAAGAAUAUAUUUUAUGAUGGAGCGCACAAUCCUGAUGGAAUUAGAAAGUCAAUCAGCAGUGUGUUUAAUUUACUCCCGAAAGAUUUUGAUAGGAAUGUAACAGUUGUUUGUGGGUUUACCAGAGAAGCUAACUUAGAUGAAAAUAUAUCAGCUGUACUUGAAAAUGAGAAUAUUGAUAAAAUAGACACUAUCUAUUUUUGUGAAAAUAGCCCUGGAGAACCAGAGAUGAUAAAUUUUCAGCCUAGUUGUAUUAAAUUAGAUAAGAUUGAAUCCCUUCUAGGCGAUAUGGUUCACGAAAAAUUGAAAGUUCUGUCGAAAUCAGCUGAAGGAGAAUUUGAGUCUAUAGAACUUCACUCUCUCACUGAUAAAACCACAUUAAUAAGUCAUUUAGAAGAUGUCCUGACAUAUCUUCAGAACGAUCCUAAAUUUCAAGAAAACUACAUCUUUGUGUUCGGUACAUUCAGGCUGUACAAGGAUCUUUAUGAAUAUUCUCAGAUGAACCAAUAAAAUAUUCCAAUCAAUUUG